ACGGCGAGGCCUGGCUGCGCCCAUGGAGCCGAGGUUCGUCGGCCCUGGGCCCUAUCGCGCCACCCGGCUGUGGAACGAGAUAAUAGAACUUUUUCGAGCUGGAAUGCCUUUACGAAAGCAUCGGUGUCGUUUCAAAACCUACGAGCGUUGCUUCAAAGCUUCGGAAGCAGUGGACUGUUUACAUGAACUGCUUGGUUCUAAUCAAAACUUUGGACCAGAAGUGACUCGCAAUCAAACGGUUAAGCUGCUUAAAAAGUUCCUGAAGAAUCAUGUUAUUGAAGAUAUUAAAGGACGAUGGGGCAAAGAGGACUUUCAAGAUGACGGCCAGUUAUACAGAUUUCCUCCUUCCUCGCCACUGAAGCCAUAUCCGAAGAAACCUUCCUGUAGAAAGGAAGUAAUUAAAUUUCCAGACUGGAAUGAACCCAAGGCUGGCACUUCCCAAGAACAUAUCCCAGUGAAAUCAAUCUCAACAAGCUCUGAGAUGUGGUACAAGCGACACAGUAUAGCUAUAGGGGAAGUACCAGCAUGUAAACAUGUGUUCCGCAGAGAAUUAACACAAACAAAUAUAGAACAGAUAUGGAAAUCCAUGAUUUUAGCACAAUUACAAAAGGUCUUGGGUUUGGAUUCUCUGGAUGAAGUUUUAGACACAAAACUUGUGAAUUCAACAUAUAUAGUCCAAAAUGCAUACAAUGUCAAUAAGCAAGGCAUUGUCAUUUUAGAAGACAAAUCAAAAGAACUACCUCACUGGAUAUUAUCAGCAAUGAAAUGUCUAGCAAACUGGCCAAGUUACUCAUAUUUGAAACAGGCUACAUACUCAGGAUUUGAAAGAGAUGUCUUCAAAACUAUAGUGGACUACUUUGGACAGAUGAAAGAACCUCUUCUCACAUUUAAUUUUUUUGAUGUUUUUGUUAGCAUUUUAGGUCUACUGCAAAAACACAGCAAGGCUGUAGAAGCUCUUCAGAUAUCUUGUCUCCUGCUGCCACCGGAAAAUCGUAAAGGAUUACAACUGUUAGUGAGGAUGAUGGCAAAAAUCAGCUGCAAUAAGGAUUUGCCGCCUCUUUCUGAAUCCGUGCGGACCAGGACCUUGAUUGUUCAGGCAUUUUCCCGUUGUAUCCUAUGCUCAAAGGAUGAAAUGGACUUGGAUGAACUGCUUUCUGCUAAACUGGUAUCUUUUCUCAUGGACAAUUAUCAGGAAAUUUUAAGUGUUCCUUCCACCUUAAAAUCUUCUAUAGAAGAACAUAUUAUACAUCUCCAGAGAGUCCAAAUAAAGUAUGCUGGAGCUGAAACUGGUGCAGCUUUUCCUCCUCCAUCAUUCUGUCACCAAAUCAGUGCAGAUGAGUUUGAAUGCCAAAGGGCAACUGGCUCUCAAGAACCACUGGCAGCUUUAUUGGAAGAAAUUGCAACGAAUAAAGAAAUAUCAGUGAAAGAUAAGAAGAAGAAACUGAAGCAAUUUCAGAAAUCCUAUCCUGAAGUAUAUAAAGAACGAUUUCCUACUCCUGAAACUGAAGCGGUGCUAUUUGCAGAAAAGAAUAAACAGAAACCGCCAAUUCUGAUGUGGGCCUUAAAAAAGCCUUUUCAACCAUUUCACAGAACCAGAAGUUUUAGGAUGUAAAUGGUUCAAAUUGUAUCAGUAAACUGAAUCAGAGUGUAUUAUUAAUGGAUCUUAUGCAAGAGGAGCCUGAGCAGCAUAUAGUCACUCAAAGAAAAAACAACAGAGAAACUACUGAGGUGGUAGAAAAAGUCAAAGGAACUGGAAAGUUUUGAGGUGGUAUAAAUGUGAGCUAUUGCCAGUAUUUUUGUAAAUCAUUGUUUUUUUAAAUGUAUGUUGUUUAAUAAAACUGAACAAACUUGUGGGGAUAAUCUAUACAUAGGUCAUGAAGUACACUUACUGUAGUUUGAUUUGACCAUUUCAAGGUCUGAAUGUACUCUUGUGUAAUGUGUUGUUGGUAACUAGUCCACUUUUUUCCUUGUUUGUGCCUUUUUUCUUCUCUGAAUAUGAGUCUUUUGUAGUUUGCUCACAUAUCUUGGGGAGCUAACUUGGUGUAUAUGCUUGAAUAAGUAGAAAACACUGGAUUUUGAUUUGCUGUUGUACAUUUUUGUGCUCUUGAUAUAUAAGACUUGUUUUGGAAAAUUGUAAAAACUCAUUUCUUAUUCAUAUUAUACAUUUCAGCCUGUGUCAAGUCCUGCUGAAGCUCCACUAACCUCUGUAGUGCUGCCUCAUUCUUUUAAGCACACCGGUCUUUUAAGUCUUUUUCCAUAUCCUCUAACUAAAUAUUACCAUAUAAAAUUAGAUGCUUGACAAUAGCACUAAUUUUAUCAGAAAAAUUUGAAAUCUGGAAGCAUGCAUACCUUUAAUGAUUUAAUUUGUUUGGCAUUAUGAAAUCUACUGUACCCUUAACUUUACUGCACAUACUUGAUGCUUACAGCACUUUUAAGCUGUUAAAACAUUGCUGUUUUCUGAUACGUAUGAGUGGUGAUUUCAUGUUAUCCAGGAGAGAUUUGAAAGAGCAGCAUUGCAUCACUUCCUGAAUGUCAGACUAGUCAUGCAGGAGUGAAAACAGCUGAAGUCUCAACAAAUAUGUAUCUGACAUUUUAGUAAGUGACAUGAUCACUGUUUUGUAUUGCAAAAUUUUUACAGGAUUUUCACUUUGCUAACCUCCUAACCAGUCAACAAGCUUUAAGAUGUGUAUUUCAUCCUGUAGAUUGGGAUGUUUCUUGGGCAGUGUGAUUCUGAAUAGUUUGUGUUUCCACAACCUGUUUUCACACAUCAGUUAUACUUGAACUAUCAAUAUUUUUCUUAAGCAAAAUUGAUACAAAAGGGUACUAUUUUAAAAUAAAGACAUAUUAAGAACA